UCUUCAGUACAAACGCAGCGUUUCAUCGUGAUCCCCGCCCCCAAAAAGAAGAGCAGCUUCAGUAAGAGUAGCUGCUCGCCGUAUUAGUCAUCGGAAAUCUAAGGCAUCGCAGGGGAGAAAGUGAUAUGAAAAGAGUUAUGAUAAAAGCAUUGUUUGGAUUUUCAAUUUUUGCAAGCGUCGUCGUUUCACUGUCCUUUGCUACUGUUAUUUGGAAACCCCUCUUGGUUUCCUAUCCGGCCCUUCCCGCCAAAUACGCUCUUGAUGUCGGUAGGUCUGGCACAUGUGGAGCUCUCUACGUGGCAGAUCCUCCGGAGGCAUGUUCUCCUGUGCGCAACGUUUCAACAUUCGAUGAAUCAAACAAAAUUUGGUUCGCUUUAAUUGUUAGAGGUCAAUGUACAUUCGAGGAAAAAAUCCUUAACGUUCAAAAGGCAGGAUAUCGUGCCGCCAUUGUUUACGAUGAUAGAUCCAAAGCUGAUUUGCUUUACAUGAUGAUGAAACGUGAGGAAGUAAAGGUGCAUGCUGUAUUUACUACAAAUCAAGGUGGUAAAUUUUUGAGGGAGCAUGCUGAAGGCAAAAGGGGUGAAUGCUGCAUUAUGAAGCCUUACAAUGGAGGAAUGUGGACUGUGCUGGCGAUAUCGAUAUUAUCAAUUGCUGUGGUAGUAGCUUUCUUGAUUUUAGCCUAUUUUACUCCCAGGGGCUCGAUUUAUUGGCAAGGAAGACAUGAGCGUAAUCCUAGGACCGUAGAUUCGCAGAUAGUGGAAACUCUUCCUUGCUUUGCGUUUGGUCCUGCUUCUGUGAGUUGCUGCCACGGUGGAGAAACUUGUGCCAUUUGCCUUGAGGAUUAUGUAAAUGGGGAAGUACUUAAAGUUCUACCCUGCCAACACAAAUUUCAUUCAAGCUGUGUGGGCUCAUGGCUGACUAACUGGGGGACGUUCUGCCCAGUGUGCAAGCUUGAUAUGAGAACCCAAACUGCAGGUCCUGAGGCACAAGUUAGACAAGUGAAUUAUAUAGUGCUAUUUGGAGCUAGGGCAUGGGGAUUUGGAGUGGGAGCAGUCUCCUGUAUCAAUGCAAGCUUUGACUCCAUUAAGCAUUUCUUUACACGAAAGGCCCCAGAAUCUGAUAUGGGUGUUUCUCGGGCUGUGUUUCUUGCUCUUCAUGGGUUGUUUCUUUUCUAUCUUAUAAUUUGCAGCGGUGGAGCUGAAGAAGUUGUGACUAUCGAUGUUCGUGCAGCUAAGGAUCUGCUUGACUCUGGCUACGGCUAUCUUGAUGUUAGGACUGUGGAAGAGUACAAGAAAGGUCAUGUGGAUGCAACUAAAAUAUCGAACAUUCCUUACAUGGUUAACACUCCAGAGGGUAGAGUGAAGAAUCCUGAUUUCUUGAAGGAAGUUACAUCCCUUUGCAAGGAGGAAGAUCUUUAUGUCGUGGGCUGUCAAAGUGGAGUCAGAUCUCUUUAUGCAACAGUUGAUCUUCUCAGUGUUGGGUUCAAAAAUGUGAGCAACAUGGGAGGAGGGUACUUGGCCUGGGUGCAGAAUGGACUUAAAGUGAAGGUGGAUGAUGAAAAACCAGAAGAUCAAAAGCCAAAGGAAGAUGAGCUUUGAUUGAUUGAGGCAAAUUUCUGUAUUUCUUCAUGUAUUACAGAAGAUAAUUUAAGUAUGAAUAAAGACCCUAUGAUGAUUUGCACAACAAUUUUGUUCUGCACAUUCAUAUAUUGGCAAGAAAGUCUUGAAAUAGGGGAAAUUAUUAUCGCUAGCUCACAGAGGGCCUAAUAGAAUUAGGUAAGCUUUAACUCUUACGGCCCUUACCUAUCAUCUAACAUCAAUAAAUGAAAUAUUUAUUAUGAACAUGUGGCAAGUUUUGAGCUUUAUCAUUCCUGCCUGCAGAAACUACUUGUAUUGAUAAUAUAGUAUUAAAAGAGACAGAGAAUGGAAUAUCUUUUUGGUUCUAUUACUC